GCCACUUGGCGGCCAUGGCCGCUGUAGUAUCCGUGGCUUUGGGUCAAGGCCCAGCGGAAUGGAGUAAUAUGGGCAGCAUCGGAUAUAGGGCAGAGACAGCUUUGUAUCAGCUUCGCUGCUGAACCCCUGAGCCCAUCGUUAGAGAGCUGCAGGACUCUUUCCUAUUUUAGACUCGGAGGAGAGUUUCCCGGGACUGGUGGGCUGGUCCCAGCUUAUGGGGGACUGCCCCAGGGACGUAGGGGCACAGGGAGAAAGAACAAGUUUGCUUGGAUUUUCCUCCUUUUCCACCUGGGACGUUGUCUGUGGAGGGAGUGGACUGAUUUUUCCACGAUCCCGCGACUGAAGAAAUCUCCCGCAUACCUUUAACUGCUAACCGUAGGGAAUCCAAUGACUGGCCUUUGAAAACGCAGGGGCUGGGACCUGAGAUUGCUGAAAGUUCUCUCUGGUGCUAAGAUCAGCAAAAGGGGGCUAUUUCCAGGUGCGUUCCAGAGAAAGGGGUUUCGUGAACACAUCUGCUGGUGGGGAGGACGAAAGAACUGGCAAGUCCACUUGUUCUCUUGGAAUCACCACACGCGUUUAAGGACCUCCGGACCCUUUGAAGCCACUGAAAAUUUGUAGUCUGGUGGCUGUGGGUAAAUAAAGGAGGACAGAAUGGAUGAUUUCAUCUCCAUUAGUCUGCUGUCUCUGGCUAUGUUGGUGGGAUGUUACGUGGCUGGAAUCGUUCCCUUGGCUGUUAAUUUCUCUGAGGAGCGGCUAAAGCUGGUGACAGUUUUGGGAGCUGGCCUUCUCUGUGGAACUGCACUGGCGGUCAUCGUGCCCGAAGGAGUACAUGCACUUUAUGAAGAUAUUCUUGCGGGUAAACACCACCAAGUGAGUGAAACACAGAAUGUGAUUGCAUCAGACAAAGCAGCAGAAAUACCAGUUGCCCAUGAACAUGAGCACAGCCAUGACCAUACACAGCUGCACGCCUACAUUGGCGUUUCCCUUGUGCUGGGCUUCGUUUUCAUGUUGCUGGUAGACCAGAUUGGCAGCUCCCAUGUGCAUUCUACUGACGAUCCAGAAACAGCAAGGCCCAGCAAUUCCAAAAUCACCACCACCCUGGGUCUCGUUGUCCAUGCUGCAGCGGAUGGAGUGGCCUUAGGAGCAGCAGCCUCUACUUCACAGACUAGCGUCCAGUUAAUUGUGUUUGUGGCAAUAAUGCUACAUAAGGCACCAGCUGCUUUUGGGCUGGUUUCCUUCUUAAUGCAUGCUGGCCUAGAACGGAAUCGAAUCCGGAAACACUUACUUGUCUUUGCACUGGCGGCACCAGUUAUGUCCAUGGUGACAUACUUAGGACUAAGUAAGAGCAGUAAAGAAGCCCUUUCAGAGGUCAAUGCCACUGGAGUGGCCAUGCUUUUCUCUGCCGGGACAUUUCUUUAUGUUGCCACAGUACAUGUCCUCCCUGAGGUGGGCGGAAUGGGGCACAGCCACAAAUCUGACCCCGCUGGCGGGAGGGGCCUCAGCCGCCUGGAGGUGGCCGCCCUGGUCCUGGGUUGCCUCAUCCCGCUCAUCCUGUCAGUAGGGCACCAGCAUUAAACGUCGGAUUCUGCCUCGGCUGUUUGCCGUCCUGGGAGGCCAGCCAGCACGGGACAGCUGCUCACUCCCUCGGUCUCUUGUCUCACCUUGCCCAUCUCCACCCGUACUCCUAGAGUCCAGAGGGAGGUGAGAUUAAAACCUGGAGCAAUGGAAAGCUUUUAGAGUAGAAACAACACGUUGCGACUGGACACAGACAUUCCGUUGUGUUGUUUUUUUUAAAGGGCCCUUGGCAUUUUGAGUUUUGAUGUUUCUCUUAACCCUAUUCUCAGGGAAGAUGGAAUUUCAUUUUAAGGGAAAGUGGACAACUUCAUACUCACAGUGAAACAGUAAUUAUGAAAGUACAGUGUUUCAUAAUUAAGCUAAAUCUCUUUCUUGGUUUAGAGGCUCUGCCACUUACUUUGUCCAUUGAUUUUGAACAUGGUUGUCGCCGUGUGAGACCGGUGCUUUAGCAUCUCUGCCACAUACCUUGGGAAAGGUUAUAAUGCCCACUGUCUUAGAUGCUAAAGAGAAUUGUAGUUUAUUUGGGGCAAGAGUCAGGAAAAUGACAGCAAGGCACAGGAAAAGCUGACUUUUUACUCGAGAGCUGUCCAUUGAAAAGAGGAUGUCUGGAGAGACUUAACAUCUCCUUUUGCACCUGCCUCUUUAAAGCGAGACUGCUGUCCCAUCCUGGAGCCACAGAGAUGAACUAGCAUUAAAGGAGGCAAUGAGAAUUUCCUCUCAAGGUCUCCUUUGCAGAAUUCCUGCCUCCCUUGCAGAGGAGCCAAGUUCGGGUAGGUUCAGGCCCACUCGGGCCUUCCUUCCAGAGCAGCCAGGUCCCAAAGUGUCUUUUGAAAUGAAAGGAUGUUAAUUUUAAGUGAAUUUGGAUAGUAACUGACAUCUUUGUCAUAAUCUUUUCAAAAGUAAGAUUACCAAGACCUAUGUUGUCUCUUUUUUUCUUUUUAUAUAUUUAAAUUAGCACACUAUCAGUCCCUAUGGCAAAAUACUUGGUGUCCCUUGGGGAGUGCUAGGUCAGCAUCACAUAAGUACCUGUAGCAGUGAAGAAAGUCGAGACGUAUGACAAGUGGGAAAUGUUCGCCUCUUGAUUUAAAGCUUAUUGAAAUCAUGUCUGUUGUCUCUUCAUCUUCUCCAUGCUUUUCUCUGGACUCCUCCCCCAUGCCCCUCCUCCCUGUCUAUAAUUUGCUGCGUACUGCGGGUGGCCACGUUAGUUAUCUGUGUGAAUUGAAUUCUCAUCAGGACAACCACUUCUUGAACUGUGUUGAUGAAGAUAACAUUGUUUCUGUUCUUUAUUCCCUUCAAUGAAGUUACCUUUGUGUCAAAUGCAACUUCGUUAAGCCCUUAAAAUAUCACUUCUAUGUAUAUGAGAUGACACAAUCACUAAUAUUCUGGUCAUUUAAACAGUCGAGAUAGUAAAAGUGUUUAACGAACUGGGAUGGUUUUUCCAUAUUUGCCAAAAUCCCUGUAAACUUUGUGUUAUCAACUAAGUGUAUAAUACUUUGUUAUUAAUUUAUUUUUGAUUUUCUGUACCAUUUCAAAACACAUUAUAUAAAGAGGGAACCAAGGCUUUUUUCUUCAGGGCAGUGGGUUUAGGAGUUCGUAAGAUAUUUUAUAUGACGUACAUGCCAGCAUGCCUAUAAUUUCUUUAUUUCCUUCCUAGAUUUGUCACUGGGUCCACAGCUACGGAAAUAGAGCUUGUGAGCCCUCUGCUGGCCGUAGACCAAAGUAGCAUUCAUAGGAUAUGGUUUUGUAUAGUGGCUGGCAACCAUUGCAUAUGAUAGCAAAACCAACAGAAGGUACACUCCGGAAAGUCUGAGUGUCUUUCCUGAUAACAACUCUGACUUAUAGGAGUCAUGGGGCUUCAUCUGGUCCUCUGAGAUGUCAUGGUUGCCUUGAUUCUCCCUGAAAAUUUACUUUGUUAAAUAAAUAGUACAUCUUA